UGUCACUUUUUCGCACAUGCGUGGAGAAAAACAAAUAGUUUCCGGAACCGAUCGGGCAGUGACAAGCUGCAAUAUGGCUGCUGACAAUGAUCCCGAGUCAGAGGUUUUUGAGAUCACCGAUUUCACCACAGCAUCAGAGUGGGAACGUUUUGUGUCCAGAGUCGAGGAAGUGCUUAAUGAUUGGAAGCUGACAGGGAACACUGCACGAAAGUUAUCUCCUGAAAAGGGGGAAUACACCAGUGGUGUCUGGGGGGAGAAGUCUCAGGAAAUUAAUUUUGCUGACUUCAAGUUCUACAUAACUCACUACUCUCUGAAACAAGAAUGUGAGGAGGACGACGGGAAGGACGACCUUGAGGAAGAUGCCUUACCGAUGGCAAUGCAGGAUCUUCUCUGUAUGAACAACGAUUUCCCUCCACGAGCCCACUGCCUGGUCAGAUGGUAUGGCGUACGAGAGUUUGUGGUCAUCACCCCCGGAACGAACUGUGAGGCCAUCAUCAGCGAGUCGAAAUGCAAUCUGCUCCUCAGCUCCAUCUCAGUUUCUCUGGCCAAUAGUGGCUGUCAGGUGCCCAUGUUUGUGCAGAUCCAGCAGAAGUGGAGGCGGAUGUAUGCUGGAGAGUGCAAAGGACCAGGUGUGCGCACUGACUUUGAGAUUGUCCAUCUCCGCAGGGCGCCUGUGCAAUACAACCACUUGUCUGGCCUGCUUGACAUCUUCAAAUCUAAGAUAGGUUGUACCCUGUUCCCUCUGCCUCCAGUCAACAUUGCCAUUCGCUUUACCUAUAUUCUCCAAGACUGGCAGCAGUAUUCAUGGCCACAGCAGCCUCCAGACUUUGAUGCACUUCUUGGUGGAGAGGUGGGGGGAGUGGAGUUUGGGAAGUUUCCAUUUGGUGCCUGUGAGGAGCCAAUAAGUGAACUUCAUCUCGCUACUACCUGGCCUCAUCUUACCGAGGGCAUAGUUGUGGAUAAUGAUGUGUACAGUGACCUUGACCCUCUCCAAGCUCCUCACUGGUCAGUUCGAGUCAGGACGGCUGAAAACCCUCAGUGUUUACUGGGUGGUGACAGAGUUCUUAAACUUUGCUGUAGGACCGAGUCUACAGACGACAUUCAUGGAAGAGGAUAUGCUGAAGAGGAGGGCAAAGAAAACAACGACAUCAGCUCUGCUUUAUCCAAGCUCACUGAGCCAGCAGCAACUGUGCCAAUUUCCAAACUGUCCGUCUCCAAUAUGGUGCACAGUGCCCGAAAGCACAUCCGCCGCCAUCGCCGCAUCGAUGAGUCACCUCUUAACACUGAGAUACUCAAUUCUGUCCUUCUGUAUCUCUUCCCAGAUGCUGCUGUGGAAAAGUCAUCAGAGUGUUUUAAGAGUGACACUCAACCAUCAAGCUCCUGUGGGACAUCAGAGCAGCAAGAUAAAAGUUCUGAUUGUAACCUUUUCCACCAGCUAAAGUCAGCACCCAGUGAUAGUCUGACCUACCGUCUGGCGUUGUGUGUGUGUCUGGUCAACUACUACUACGGUGGGCUGCGGGCUGUUGGACAUCUCUGGCAGGAGUUUGUCCUAGAAUUGCGCUACCGGUGGGAAAAUAACUAUCUCAUUUUUGGGUUGGCAGGUGGACCUCCUGAUCUUCGCUGUUGUCUUUUGCAUCAGAAGUUUCAGAUGCUAAAUUGUUGGCAUAGAAAGAAAGAGGGGCAAGAGAUGAAUCCCACAAGGUGCCGGAGCGGGGCAAAGAGAGAGAGCGCAGGGUCUCAGGUACCUGCCAGAAGAGCCGCCACGCUCCAGAGUGUGCAACAACCGCUUCCCUCAGCAAGAGAGGGGUCUCAAGGAAAAUCCUGGGACUCAUGGAGCGACAGUGAGGACGAGUUCUUUGAGUGCCUGAGUGACCAGGGGGAAACUGAGGCGUCACAUACUGAGGAAGGCAAGGAGGGCAGCAAAGGCAAAGCUGAGGGCAGGCUGCACCCCUAUAACAACAUGACUCUGCUGAACUCUGCAGAGCCGCUCUAUGUUCCAGUCACACAGGAACCAGCUCCCAUGACAGAGGAUCUGUUAGCAGAGCAGUCAGAAGUACUGACCAAACUGGGCACGUCAGCUGAAGGUACCCACCUGCGUGCACGAAUGCAGAGUGCCUUGUUAUCUGACAUGGAGUCCUUCAAGGCAGCCAAUCCAGGCUGUUUGGAGGACUUUGUGCGCUGGUAUUCACCGAGGGAUUACGUGGAGGAGGAGGUGGUCGAUGAGAAGGGUAACACAGAGGUGAGAGGAACACUGUCCAGGAUGAAGAUCCCAGGCAACAUGUGGGUUGAGGCUUGGGAGACUGCCAGUUACCCCGCACGACGCCAAAAAAGACUUUUUGAUGACACUAAGGAGGCAGAAAAGGUUCUUCAUUAUUUGACGAUGCAGAAACCUGCAGACCUGGCCCGUCAUCUUCUGCCCUGUAUACUCCAUGCUGCUAUUCUGAAGCUGAAAGAGGAAGAGUCCACAGAAGACAUUCCAUCAGUCCAAAAAAACAUUCUGCAAUCUACAGUUCAAGCCAGCAAACUCCUGCAGCCCCCCAACCACGACUACAAGAAGUUAGAGGAUUUCGUUAACCAUUUGCUGACCAUAGAGACGGUCAUCACCCAAGCUCGUUCACUCAAGGCCAAGUUUUCCAUCAGCGAGGACGACAGCGGAGAGGCUGCAGAUGAACUGAAGAAGUUUGUGAGCUCUGUGCUGGAAGAACCAGAGGUGGUGGUGACUGGAGGAGGUCAGGGCCCGGCUGGCAGCAUAAUUCACAGAUUGUUUAUCAAUGCUCAGAGGCUGGCUGACUUCACAAGUGAUGAGGCUGCCCUCCUAUCACCAGUGGACGAGGACCUGGGUUCUGACAAGAAGCCAACUGGAGGAAGCAGCAAAGUGUCUGACUUCCCUCCUCCGGCAGGACGGGAGAUUUUGCUGCGCACCUGUGUCCCACGGCCAGCGCCAUACUCCAAGGCUUUGCCCCAGCGACUCUUCUGUGUGUUGAUGAGAGAGGAGUUUAGAUUGGCAGGGGCCUUCUCCACAGACACUUCCUUCUUUUAAAUAUCAUGUUCGGUAUGUAAAUAAUUUCCACCUUGAGUCCAGGGCUAACGAUGAGUGAAGGACACAGGUUGCACAUUUAAACUGUUUGUUAGUCCUGUUUGUGUGUUCAAAAUGAACAGACUUUAAGAAUAUUGUUAGUAAAAAAUAAAAACAUAUUGCUUCUCUGCAGUAUUUCACAAUUUACAGACUGCUAAAACCUAAAAGCAGGAAGCAGAACAUCAGCUGCAUUGAUUAAGAAGUAGGAUUUAUGGGUUUCCCUUAUAUCACCAUUUUUAGGUGUCUGGAAAUGCAUCACUGAAACAAAAUUCUUCUCUGUAUGGAUUAAAACACACAAAGCCUCGACCUUGCACAGUGUUUGUGCUAGAAAAUAAUAUCACACUAAAAUAAUUUGAUUACUUUUCAAAGCAUACUCUUAGUGCAUUUUUAAAUAAAAUAAAAUAAAAUGCACUGUUAUGUUGUUUUGGAUUCAUGUUUUCUGGAUUCUGCACCCAUAUCCAUAUAUUUAGUAAUUUAAUAUUUAGUUGUAAUAUAUUGUUUUACUUACCACAAAUUCAGUUCCAUCUUUGUAAAGUUUGAUGUUGAUGGUAAACAUCAAAGUCAAAUUCAGUAGCUACCUUUGUGGUUUGCUCAAUUGAACUUUGUAGUGGAACUCCCAGCGCCCCCUGCUGGUGGUGCAUGGAUCAGCUGUUAGCUACUAAAUGUCUUUUUGAACACACAGGUGUUCCUGUUGUUACCAAAUGUGGAAAUUUCAGUUUGCCUUCAACCAAACCAGCACCAUACUUUUUUUUUUUUUUGGCUGUUGUCUCUGUAACUAUACGGUUACAAUGUUUUACAGUUAACUGUAAACUUUUCUGUUAAAAGUUUGACAAUAUUUCAUUUGGUUCCAUGAGGCCAGGGGCACUUCAAACACUACAAAUAACACAAACGGGUAAUGUUUGCUACUGCCAGUGAACAUUUGGCUUGUAUCAUUUUGUUAAGUGUAUGUCCAUCCCAUAAUACAGCAUACUCUUAACAAGGCAUUUGCCAAUAGUUUACAUGCAACAAUGCUUAACUGUUGUCUACUCUCGUGUCCUUUCCUCGUCCCUCUGACCACCCCACUACUCACAGCAGCUCGCUGCCUCUCCCCGAGCCUGCUUCUGUUGGUAUCUUGCUGUUUAAAGGGAGUUCUCCUCCCACUGUUGCAAAGUGCCACACAUACGGGCUUUUGAUUGUUGGGGUUUGCCCUGUGAUAUUGUAGUUCUUUACAAUAUAAAGCUUGUGGCGCUGUUGUUGUGGGAUGGCACGAUAAAAAAUAAAGUUGAAUGGAAUGCAACUGAAUAGUUUGAUGACAACACAGCAAAUGUUUUAAUGUUGAGAUAAAAGAGCUGCUGCGC